AUGGCCGAUUGCGGUGUAAACUGUUCUAGUGAAUGCAAGAAAUGUCAGCAAGCCAAACAGAUAUGCGAAGGGGAAAGUUGUUCACUUUCCUACAACGAGGAUGACGCGUGGUUUUACGAUGAAGACGAGGACUUUGCAUUCGACCCGAACGGAUCCAACGAAUGGUUUGAGAAGGCGUUUGUUGAUGGUUUAAAGGAACGCGAUGAAAUGGUAUAUGGUUAUAAGAAAUUAGAAGGCGAAUCAGAAUCAGAAGAAGAAUUAAAAUCAGAAUCAGAAGGAGACACAGAAGAAGACACAAAAGAUGAAAACGAAAAUUAA